AUGGACCUACUAAAAAAUAUAGAUAACAAAGAAAUCUUUGUCGAGGUUCUUCAUUUGGCUGUAGAUUACCUUAUUGGAAAUAUAACAGAGAAACAGACGCUCCGGCUGUCGCACAAAUAUGGAUUUCAAAACCCAUACGAUUUUUUGCUGGCCAUUCGAAGUUUAUCGGCUUACUACAUGAAUUACAACUUAGAUAUCAACAGAGCCGAAUCGUCAAUUUUAUUUUCCUACUUUAGUCCUGAAAUGAACCGGCUUGUGCCCGUUGUGUUUGCAGCACGACAACCAGAAGUAGCAACACACAAGUUAAAGUGCUCCAAAGACACCAUGUUUUUCAUGGAGUCCUUUUCGUGGGAUACACGUUUAAUAUUAGGAGACAGUAGAUUCGGUGAAAAUGUACAUCAAGUAAUAACUCUAAAUUUGAGCUGCCGGCAAAAUAAAACCAAAAGAAUCGUAUUUUUUGAAAUGAAUAAGAUAAAUCUGAACUCGUUCAUAUGCUUAUUAGAGAAUAUGCUUGAAAAAUAAAAAGCACUGAACAAAUUCAA